CAGAGUGAGGAGACAUUGGCUGGAGAUCGAUGGAUAAUCGAGUUGGAGAUUGCUGAGGGCAUGGAGACGACUGAGGUGCCUGAGAUAUCUGGAGGAAUGAACGAGUGAGAAAGACAAUCAUGGAUUCGGCGAUCAUCAAUCAUGGAUUCGGCGAUCAUCAAUCAUGGAUCCGGCGAUCAUCGAGCGGCACAGAAAUAUCAUCGACAUCACCGGUGACAGAUUGUCAUCGGCAUCACUGGUACGGGGUCACAGCAUUUUUCCGGAAUUCGUGGUCAGGAGAAGAAUUCGGUUACAGGUACUGGAAUUAUAUAAGUCAACGGGAACAUGGGGGUUUGAGCACGUGUCGGGUAUAUCUCAUACUUGCGGAUGACAAAUACACAUAUAAAGCCACGUAUGUGCACAGUACAUACGCUACCUUGGGUACCACGUGUUAACUAGGCUAACCAAGAUAAUCGCUCAUUACGAGUGUUUAGCGUUUAACUCAAAACAGUGGUAACCAAAGGAGUCGAAGGAUUUGUGGCUUUGGUCAUCCAAAGGGUAAAUUCCCACCGCAAAUUACCAUGAAAAUCGAGGAGAUAUUUACUGACAUUUCGAAAUUUGGAAAUUUUCAAAAAAGUAUUAGGAGAACAUGACAAUCGAGGAGGUAUUCGUUGAUGUUGGAAUAUAGC